GAUCACACUUUGCAAAACAUAAGAACCAUUUGCAGAUCUCUCGCUUCCCUGCAUCUCAUAUAUACGUACAUAUAUGUAAAAUGGCUACUAAACUACGUUCAUCACUCUUUACAUGGUUAAUCCUCACAACAAUUUUAUUUACUAUAUUCUACUCAAAGCUACUCCCUUUUUUCCCAAAUCCAAAAACCCCAUCUUUACCUCCAAUACCCUGCAACCUUUUCACAGGCAAAUGGGUUUUUGACCCGACCCGAAAAAAGCCCAUUUAUGAUGAAACUUGCCCGUUUCAAAGAAACUCAUGGAAUUGCAUAAGAAACCAAAGAGACAAUAUGGAUUUGAUCACUUCUUGGAAAUGGGUGCCCGAAAAAUGUGAACUUUUUGAGAUUGACCCGGUCGAGUUUAUGAGUGUGAUGAGGGAUAAAAGUAUUGGGUUUGUUGGGGAUUCUUUGAAUGAGAAUUUUGUAGUGAGUUUGUUGUGUAUACUUAGAGUUGCUGAUUUGGGUGCUAAGAAAUGGAAAAGGAAAGGGGCUUGGAGAGGAGCUUAUUUUCCUAAGUUUAAUGUUACGGUUGGAUAUCAUCGUGCGGUUUUGUUAGCGAAAUACGAGUGGCAGCCAAAACAGUCAGACAUCAAUGAGGGAGAUGAAAUGAAGGGAGUUCAUCGUGUAGAUGUGGAUAUUCCUGCAAAAGAUUGGGCAGAUAUCGAUGGAUUUUAUGAUGUUCUCAUUUUCAAUACGGGACACUGGUGGGGUUAUGAUAAGUUCCCAAAAGAGUCGCCUCUUGCUUUCUACGAAGGGGGGAAACCAAUAGUUCCUGCUCCAGAUAUGAUGAAUGGGCUUCAAAUUGUACUAAAACACAUGGCUGCUCAUAUUGAAAAGGAAUUCCCUAGAACACUAAAAUUUUGGCGGCUACAAUCACCUAGGCACUUUCAUGGGGGUGAUUGGAAUCAAAACGGAAGUUGCUUGUUUGAUGAACCCCUUAAAAAAUCUGAGCUUGACUUGUGGUUUGCUCCCAGCAAUAAUGGAGUCAACAAAGAAGCAAGACUAAUAAAUCAACUAAUUAUCAAGGCACUGCAAGAAACAGAUAUUGAACUACUUGACCUGACUCUUAUGAGUGAGUUCAGAGUGGAUGCGCAUCCAGCCACUUGGCUGGGAAAAAAGGAUGCCGUGUCCAUAUGGGGACAGGACUGCAUGCAUUGGUGCCUACCCGGUGUCCCAGACACUUGGGUGAAUGUCUUGUGGCAACUUAUGCGUUAUAGGUUAGGGACAAGGUAUUCAUGAAUUCGGCUCACCAGUUACAGAAUGUCUCAAGAUUUGAAAAGUUGACUUUAUUUAGUCAAAUUCAAGACCGACAGAAGAGUGGAAUGAUGAUACUUGUUUAGCUGAUGGGUGGUUGAUUAUGGAGGCUGAUAUAUGAGAUUAAUUGUGUACUUUUAGCUUAGAAAUUCUUUUACUACUUAAUUUAUAGAUUCACUUUUUGCUUCGGAGGCAGUGUAAACUUUUAAAAGGGUACAUAUUAGCAUCUGUUAUCAAAUGUCUUGUGAAAUUCUAAUGAAAUAGUGAAAGUUCUUUUAAUACAAA